CUAAUCGAGGCGGCAUAGGAGAUACACGAUCGUGCCGCGCGUCUAGAAGCUGAACACAACACACUCUGCGCUUCGUUGGGCUCUGCGAAUGCGACCAUCGCUCGGCUGGCGGCCGCACAAGAAUCUUUGUCGGCGUUGCUCGCUUCCGAACAGCGUCAGGUCGAGCUGGUGACAACUGCCCACGAACAUCUUGCCGCAUCUCGCUAUGAACUCGGCCAGGAAGUGGCCAUGCUCGAGUCCACGCGGAACAAGCUAACCGUAUCUCUGCUAGGAGCGAGAAGAGAUGCAAAGAGACUCAGUGACGCGUUUCAUGAAGCCUCUCGAGCUCUGCAAGGCGCACGUCGUAAAGUGUCUCGAAUGCAAAACGAAUGCGAAGGGCUUUCCACUCGGUUUAAGGCGACAGAACAGGGUGCUACCAACGAGCUGGACGAGGUAUUCCAACAACAGGAGAAGCUCAAGGCAACGGUGGACACUCUCAAAGCCGACCUCGAGAAAACGAAGAGCAGAGUCUCACGGCUCAAUGCAGACCUUUCUACUUGUUCGCAGCAGUUGACGGACGCAAAGCAAGCGCAUAUAACCGCAGAAACGAAAGCGACUGCCAUGCAAGGGAUGCUCGCCAAAGCUCGAAGCGACCGCGUUGAAACCCAGAUGCAGGCCGAGGCCCUCGCUAAUGAAUGCAACGAAUUUUCCAUCUCCGUGCGUGCUUUGGAGAAAGCUAAGGCGUCGCUGGAGGCGAAUCUGGCCACGGUCAACGCUGAGCGUGCGACAAUGCGCCGGUCGCUUUGUGCAACGAAGAACAACCUUGUCGUCGCGCACGCCAUUCUUCGCUCUUAUUAUGACCAGAUCUCUUGUCUUUGUCAGCAGCUCGCAGAGAAAGAUGAGCUUGAGACAGCGAUUGUUCAGCAAAAUCUUGCCGAAGUGAAGGUCCUUGAAGACGCCCUUAUUGAGGUACAAGAUCGUUCGGAUGCCCAGGGGCGAACACUCGAGGAUACUAGGUCAGAGCUAGCAGUAGAACGCGAGCGAGCGGAUCAAGCGGCCGCUUGUUUGGAGGCCGUCCAGCGCGAAGUCGUUCGGCGGACAGAGCAAUACGUGUCCAAGUGCAGCAGCUUGCAACAGGAGAUAUCCGCGAUCACCACCCAGCUCGAAUCCGCCAAAACCGCCAUUAUCAAUCGAGACUCCCAGCUUCGGAAGGUGGAGGCCGACCGGGACGUAUACUCGGCGCAGGCGAAGCAGGCACUGUCUGUCCUCAGUAGCGUCAAGCGGGCAGCGGCUGAGUCGGAAAAGCAGACAGAGGCGCUGAUCGUCAAUCUUCGGAAGCAGCUCUUCGAGGCAUGCAAAGAGAGAGAUCAGUCGAAGGCUACCGUACGAGAGCUCGAGGUGCGCAAUGGCGAAUUGGCCCGGCGGCUCUCUGUGGAAUGCCAGGUGCGCGAAGAGGCACAGGCAGAGUUGGAGAAGGCGCUGGACACAUCAAGCAACACAUCGACCCAGACAUUGGUCGCUAAUAUCUCCCAUGACGCCGAUGUGGUCUGUGCGUUGAAGGAGGCGAUGAAGGCGUAUGUGGAGGUGAUCGACGACUGCGACAUGUUCUGCCAGCAGAUGCAUGUCGGUUCUGGGCGGCCGAUAACUUCGACACCAACGAGAACGAGAAGAUCGAACAAGAGGAAAAAAGCGGUGGGCAGUGAGGUACAUUCCUGCGGUCAUGUCGUCGUGCGAAUGUUGACAUCGGAAAGUGUCAGGACGUCCUAAACGCCUCUUCGGAUUCCUUCAAGCUUGGCACCGCGUUCGCAGCAUAAGUUUCCGCUUAUCGCACUCCAAACACGUCUACACACAGAUUGUGAGUAAUUCAUCCGCAGGACCCUACGUUGCUGACGAGUGUUGCAGAUAUCGUCGCCGAAUAUAUCUCGUUGCCCCCCUUCCGGUGGCAACCGUUUCUUUGUGAACAUCCUACAUACACCCCUCACAUUCCUAUGUCCAGCCUUGUUUAAUCAUUGUCUCAUACCCAAUGUUGUAGUGUAUAGGUCCUGAAGUCUGUUCGACUCAUCAUGCGUAUUAUCCGAAGCUCAUACACUUCCGCCGUGUUGGCAGGUAUGUGCGCAACUAUG